CUUAAAUACCAGUCCCACAUCUUCUGAAAAAAUGAUUUAAUCUCUAACGCGCAACCAACAAUUUUUCCUUCUUUUUAAAUUGUAAAAGCGUAACACGCGUUCGUUUCUUUGUAAAACUGGUCGUGAUCAUCGAGUGUUAAACCGCCCUUGGAUGUCACGGUAUUUUCUAUGCGUAAACCAAAGGACGCACGGUAGAUAUAUGUGUAUACUUGCUGUCUACACGUCACGGUUGUAGACGACAAAAUUAAUGCUUCGUACCGUAAGCAAAGCUAAAGACCGCUAGGACAAUCUUUCCCCGCAAUAAUUACCAUCGCCACAAAAUUACACGACAUAGCUACAUUAUAUCUCUCGCGACCAAAUGAAAAUGUUUGUAUUAACUGCAACAAACAGCAUAGUGUUCCAAAAUCACGAACGAUGCUUAAAUAUACUUCGACGUCUUAUCGUGUCGUCGAACUACUUAAAGAAUGGAGCAUUGAAGUAAAGCACUGACUUAAGGGAAUCGAUACGGAAGAGGAAAGUCUUUUUACUCUAUCUGAUAGAAUGAAAACAAAGGUGUUCUUCGAGGAUAGUGUCACGGGUGACCACGUGUGUUUCAUAAUGCGCCUUCCGUAAGUAGGAACAAUCGGACGACCUGGAAAAGCAGUCAGACAUAAAGAAUGUCGAUAUCACGGUGAUCAUUAAUAAAGAAAGGUUUAAUUAAAGAUCCAUGUGUCGGUUGAAAAUGCCGAUUUAUACCUCGUACUUCGUUGAAAAUUUAAGGGAGCAAAUCAGAAUUGAGGUAUACAGGUCGUUACACUCGCGUGAUUGCAUUUGCAUUGCUCCAAACUAGACUAUCUGAUUGUUAGGAAAUCGCUUUUCAUCGUUCAGUGAACUUUCAAAUUAAACUAUUGAAUUCGACUUGAUACUAAACAAGCGAGUCUUUUCUAUGGACAUUCCCUGACAAAACGGGUCUUCGCGUGACUCGAGCUGAUUCUGCAAACAGUUGACAUAAUCCUUCGUUGUAUGGUCUACUAGUGGUAAAUUACAAUGUGUACAAUCGAUACAGGUGCAGCACCUCUUCUAUUGCAAUCAUUAUCGUCUAUAACUACGAUCGAAUCACAGCGAUCGUAUGUGAUACUAGUGAAAGUGAUAUAGCUACGCUUCUUUCGUUUCCUUCCUUGGCUCUGUUUCUCUUUAAACCACAUCAAGUGUAACUACAUGGAAUUAUGCGACUUUAAAAUUGGUUGCAAGCGAAUUGAAACAACGUCGAAUAAUAAGAACAAUGUUAUUCCAUACAUAUAUGUAUUCGUUAUUAUCCACGACGAAAUUAUUCUUUGACGCGAUGAUCUGAAAAAGUGAAACUAUCCAACCCUUCUGUCUGUUCGAUCAUUCCUACCUUUUGACUCCGUUUAACUCGCCAAAAGUCUCGACUUAUUUCUGCGAAUGGGAACGUUCUCUUCCUCUUGGGAUUUCGAUGGUUUCCAUAAAACUGUACUAUCUUGAGCAAGAGAUUAAACAGCACUGUUUGUUCACAAAUAAAAAGAAUAACACGUCGCGUGUUUUGGCGUUGUUUCGAAAAGCUAGAGCGUCGGUGCGCUCGUUACGAACAGAUACGGGCUAACUACACGAAGAAGUUUUGUGCAAAGCGUGCUGAUGCACAAAGUCGAGGGGAGAAGAUGACUGUGGCGUGGGUGAUGGCGAGCGAGACGAAAAGAGAAUUGCGAAGUGCCGUGUCCAACCACCGUGAAGGCACGCUUCCAGGAAAUUCUUCCCUUUCCAUCAAAUCUUUACCAUACGUAUCAAAUUUGACAAAUUUCAGAUUUAAGAUCACUCGUUUUUAAAUGUUUUUGCACUUCGAGCAUGCCAAAAGAUUUUCAAGAAGCUACGAUUAAUUUACAAUUAUAGAGGAUAUUUCAUAAGCGUUGGAAAGAUCCAGUAAAAUUGAAGCUUGAAAGAAAUUAAUAUUUCCGUACUACUUGAUUUUAUUCUCUUACUGUAAAUAAAUUCUGUUUAUCAUGGUGUUCGACAAUUCUUCGACUUAAAUCGACAAGAAUCACGAUUUCCAUGAUUUUUCUAGGAACGUGCAGCUAAAUGUGUUCCAGUCCAGAUGACACGAGUUCCGUCUUCUCUUAUUCACUUUUUUUUUUAAAUGCAGGAAACAUGCAUUAGUUAGAUUCGAAAUAUGUAAUACUGCAGAAAAUUUCCAUUCGUCUCUAGCUAAUCGGUAUGCGAUUAUCAUUCAUUCAGAACUGGUAUCUGAAUAGUUGAAUACAUAAAAAAGUGAAUUGCUUUUGACAUGUACGUCUGCCUGAAAGAUACAAUUUCCAAGUAUUGGAAACAUAUAGUUAAAGAACACAUAGUAAUACUUCAUUUCUAUUAAUAAUCGAUAAAUUUUUGUAAAAUUAAUGGCAGAUUGCGGAGACGAACAGGCGUCUUAUUCGGUUAGAUUUAUCAUUGAUCAGGGAGUUCUGUACUUAGUGAUGCACCAACACAAGUUAAAGAACUAAUCCGUGUUACAACUGGUUUCUCUAUAAUAUUGCGUGAUUAUGCGUGCCUGUGGCAUUUGUGUAUCGUGAUCGAGCCGAGAAAGGUGCCCAAUUUUCCAUGGUUCUUUGAGAAUCACGUCUUUUUGUGCGGAUAAAAAUUUCUUCCUCGAGCUAUUUUCCUUUUUGAGUUCGUAUGAGUCUGCUGUAAUCGACAAAACAUAUAGAAGUAAUUUUCUUUCGAUAAGAAGAACCAUCGCUUCUUCCGUCAUAAAAAUUUUUCUUUCGAAUCCCAAGAUAUGUGGUGCAAGAAUUUCUCAAAAACUUCUCAGUGGUUCGCAAGAAAUACUUUAAAACAUUAUCACAUUACGAACAAUUGUGCGUCGCGGGAAAUUAGAAAAACUGGGAUCAAUAGAUCGUAUACUACCGAAAGACCACCGAGGAUACUUAUUACUGGUGGUCUCGGGCAACUGGGUACUGAGUGUGCGAAACUACUUCGUAAAAAUUAUGGAAGCGAAAACGUGAUAUUAUCUGACAUAAUCAAGCCGACAGAAGAAAAUUUAUCCAACGGACCGUUCAUUUUUGCUGAUAUCCUCGAUUUUAAAGGGCUUCAAAAAAUUGUGGUCAAUUACAGAAUCGACUGGCUAAUUCAUUUUAGCGCUCUUCUUAGCGCUGUAGGCGAGCAGAAUGUUCCCCUAGCAGUGAGAGUGAAUAUAGAAGGAAUGCACAAUGUGAUUGAACUGGCAAAGCAGUAUAAAUUAAGAAUAUUCAUUCCAUCAACAAUCGGAGCCUUCGGACCAGAUUCACCACGGAAUCCUACUCCAAAUGUAACUAUUCAGCGUCCACGAACAAUUUAUGGUGUUAGCAAAGUCCAUGCUGAAUUAUUAGGUGAAUAUUAUCAUCACAGAUUCGGGCUUGACUUCCGCUGUCUUCGAUUUCCUGGAGUCAUUAGCAGUGACCCACCAGGUGGUGGUACCACAGACUACGCAGUUGCAGUUUUCCAUGAAGGAUUAUUUGCUAAAAAAUACGAAUGCUAUUUAGAACCUUAUACCAGAUUACCAAUGAUUUAUAUUGAGGAUUGCUUAUCAGCACUUUUUCAGUUUUUAAACGCUCCAAACGAGCAAUUACAAAGAAGAGUAUACAAUGUUACCGCCAUGAGUUUCACACCUGAAGAAUUAUUUAAUGAACUUAAAAAGCACGUACCUGAUUUAAAGAUUUCGUAUAAGCCGGACGCAAGACAAUAUAUUGCUGAAAGCUGGCCUCAAGUUUUUGAUGAUAGUGAGGCGCGUCGGGACUGGGGUUGGCGACAUAAAUACAACCUGGAAAAACUCGUAGAAUCAAUGAUUCGCGAUGUGAAAAAAAAUAUGUCAAACAAAAGAUCAUUAAAGGAGGUCAACAGUUAUGUAUAA